AAUUCAGAAACGAAUGGGUGAAGGAAGAUCUGCGGGAACCAGUAAAAGAAAAGCUCUUGUAGUAAAUAAAUAUGUUGUCCAAGAAGGAGAAGUGCUUUAGCAGAAAGAUUUGAGAAAAAAAAAGUGGAAAUGGAAGCACUGCUACCAUCAUGUACACCUCUUACGGCGAUGAGAUCCUCGCAGCGUUGUCUUCCCGUUGUGUUCGCAGAAAAGUACAGAAGAAGAAAAGCAAGUGGUUGGAGCCGUAGAAGUCAGUUAUCAUCAAGUGAUCAUCAGCUCCCAUUAGAAAUGCAGGCUUGGACUUACGCAGAGUAUGGAAGCGUCGAUGUUUUGAAGCUGGAAUCCGGUGUGAGAGUGCCGGAGAUGAAGGAGGAUCAGGUGCUCGUCAAAGUGGCUGCUGCUGCUCUCAAUCCGGUUGAUUUCAAACGCAGGCUGGGCAAGUUCAAAGCCACUGAUUCCCCUCUACCCACUGUGCCUGGGUAUGAUGUUGCUGGAGUAGUAGUAGGAGUUGGUAGUCAAGUAGAAGGCCUAAAAACAGGUGAUGAGGUUUAUGGGAACAUAAACGAGAAAGCAUUGGAAGGGCUGAAGCAGUUUGGUUCCUUAGGCCAGUACACUGCAGUUGAGGAGAAGCUGUUGGCUUUGAAGCCGAAAAACCUGUCUUUUCCACAAGCUGCUUCUCUUCCUCUUGCAAUAGAGACUGCUUAUGAAGGCCUCGAAAGGGUCGGGUUCUCCGCCAGGAAAUCUUUACUUGUUUUGGGCGGUGCAGGAGGCGUUGGAUCUCUUGUGAUUCAGGCAUUGCUUUGUUUGUAUGAUUGUGCAGCUUGCCAAGAAUGUAUUCGGUGCUUCAAAAGUAGCGGCAACAUCAAGCACCGGAAAAUUGGAGUUGUUGAAAAACUUAGGUGCUGAUUUGUCUAUUGACUACACAAAGCAGAACUUUGAAGAGUUACCAUACAAGUUUGAUGUCAUCUAUGAUACAGUCGGGCAGGGAGAACGGGCAGUUAAUGCGGUGAAGGAAGGAGGAAGCGUAGUUGUACUAACCGGUGCAGUCAAACCUCCCGGAUUCAGGUUUGUAGUCACUUCAAAGGGGGAAGUGUUGAAAAAACUCGCACCCUUCCUUGAAAGUGGGAAGGUGAAGCCGGUGAUUGACCCUAAAGGUCCCUUUAGAUUUGACCAGGUUGUGGAUGCAUUUUCACACCUCCAAACUGGGCAUGCUACAGGGAAAGUUGUCAUACAUCCCAUUCCAUAAGUAUAUACUACUCCGUAGUAUAUUGUUAGGGGAGCUCGAGUAUGUUGUUGCCUACUGCAAUUGGUAUUGGACACCACUGUAGUCAUGGUUUUUGAGUGGGAAUGAGACCGCUGACUAGUCAGCUUGAUUCCAAUCACACAGCUUUUCCGUUUGUUCUGUAUUGCAAUGGCCAAAUGGCUUUGAAGUCAUGCCAACAUCCCCAUUGGAGAGUAGUGAGGUAUUUUUUUUUUUUUUUUUUUUUUUUUGCAUUAUUAACAAAGAAAAUCGUAUGUCCG